AAAAGCGUAAGCCUGAUUUCUUAAAAACACCAGAGCAUUCAAUGGGGCUACAACUUGACAUUCCUUAUUACCACUAUGGGUUUGCAAUCGAAGUACAGGGAGAACAGCAUGAUAAAUAUAUAGAAUUCUUUCAUAGAGGAGACCCGAAUAAUUUCAUCAGACAGCAAGAGCGGGAUCAACUCAAGAAAGGAUUAUGUGAAGAAAAUUCGAUUAUUCUAAAAUACAUCUGGUAUUAUGAAGACCCACACAUA